AUUUCCUGCUCUUGUUUCCACCAAACCUAGGCUGUCUGUUUUAUAAUCCUGGAAGAUUGGGUGGCUCUUGUAAAGUGUACCUGGCGUUUUUAUUUAUUUCCUCUAAAACACCCUUUUCACUGAAGUUUUGAAAUUCUAUAGAGCGCACACUUUCUCCAAAAUGACUUCUUCUCUUCGGUGGAAACACCUUCACCAGGUAUUAACCAAGCCGGGGCCUUUCAGCGAUGAAGACUGGGUGCCUGGUCCAGAGACAAUCCGCGCUCUGGAAACAUCAAAGAUUCUAGUUAUCGGGGCUGGAGGUCUAGGCUGUGAGAUUCUGAAGAACCUCGCUUUGUCAGGCUUCAAAGAUAUCCAUGUUAUUGACAUGGACACUAUCGACAUCUCAAAUCUGAAUCGUCAGUUUUUGUUCCGUCAAUCUGACAUCGGCAAACCGAAAGCCGAGGUCGCAGCAGCCUUUGUAGAGAGUCGAGUCAAAGGCGUCAAAAUUACCCCAUACGUAGGGAGGAUUCAAGAUAAGGAUGAAGACUACUAUAUGCAGUUCAAGAUAGUCGUCUGUGGUCUCGAUAGCAUAGAAGCCAGAAGAUGGAUCAACGCAACCCUCAUUGGCAUGGUUGAUUCUGAGAACCCCGAGAGCCUGAAGCCGCUUAUUGACGGAGGAACUGAAGGUUUCAAGGGGCAGGCGCGUGUUAUCUUACCAACGCUGUCUUCUUGCAUUGAAUGCCAGCUUGAUAUGCAUGCCCCCCGUCCUGCUGUCCCCCUGUGCACUAUUGCAACCAUCCCUCGACAGCCCCAACAUUGCAUCGAAUGGGCGCACCAAAUUGCCUGGCAGGAACAGCGCAAGGAUGAGCCUUUCGAUAGUGACGACCUAGACCACAUUGGCUGGUUGUACAAUGCGGCACUUGAGCGCGCGAAGCAAUUCCACAUCCAUGGCGUCACUUUCCAGAUGACUCAGGGUGUGGUAAAGAACAUUAUUCCCGCAAUUGCCUCCACGAAUGCUGUCAUCGCUGCUGCGACCACAUCUGAGGCGUUGAAGAUCGCCACCUCAUGUAACCCAUACCUCGAUAACUAUAUGAUGUACGCCGGUGAAGAGGGUGUGUAUACCUAUACGUUUGAGGCUGAAAAGAAGCCCGAUUGCCCGGUCUGCGGAAACCUCGCGCGUAAUAUGACCGUGGAUCCAGACAUGACGCUGGAACACUAUAUUGACAGUCUUGGGGACCUACCGGAAGCUCAAUUGAAAAAGCCCAGCAUGAGAACGGAAGAAAAGACGCUCUACCAGCGUUUCCCUCCCCAGCUGGAGGAGCAGACAAAGCCGAAUCUGACGCGCAAGCUCAGAGAACUGGUGGAGAACGGGCAGGAGAUCGCGGUCAGCGAUCCAGCUUACACGAUCGAUUUCCGCUACCGGCUGGUGUUCAAAUAAGGUUCAUAAUGCAUUACUUCAAAUGAGACAUGAGUCGUUUCGAUAAACACAAGAUUUUCCCUCUAGACAAAGGCUUCAAUAUCAAUUGUGCUUUUUCUAUAUGUGACAAAAAUCGCCCUUUCCAG